AUGUCGACGAGGAGAGUUCCGCUCUCUACCACCAAUCCCAAUGUGGCCAAUUCGCCCAUGAGAGCCGCGGCUAUUGCCAAUGGCAUCAAAAAGUCCCGUUCCCACGCGGAUGCGGCGAGGGAGGAUGUAUACGGUCAGCCUCCGCCCGCAAAACGCCAGAUGGUCGAGCGUGGCGUCGCGUCGCCGUCGCGCGUCAGGACGACCCGGACUGUUGUUCAUAGGACCGCUACACGGGCGACAGCAAACCCCGCGGCAACGCAGAAGGAGUCGACAGCCGCUACGAUAUACCCUGAGGAGGCAGACGAAGAGGAGCAGGCGAACUUGCGGACGUGGUACACCCAGAUUCGUGCCCGGUUCCCCAAGAUGGUGUUCUACUUCGAAAGCGUCCCAGACGACACGCGGGCCAGGCUCGCAAAGCAGGUUGCCCGUCUGCAUGCCCGCGAGGAGAAAUUUUUCUCCAUCGACAUCACUCACAUCGUCACCACCCGGCCGAUCCCACCUGACAAGUCGAGACAGGAACGCGAGCGAGUCCUUAAUGGCCAGGGGGAUAGCGAACAACCCAAGACGAUUGACCCUGCUCUCUUGAACCGGCCCGUGGAUGUUACCCGGAGGCGGUUGACGUACGACUCACUAUCCGGCCGAAAGCCCUCGGCCUUGAACCCGAACGACCCGCUCCGGCGUCCCAAGAUGCGAAGCACCGAUAUUCUGGACCGUGCCCGGGACAUGGGGAAAAAGAUUUGGUCUCUGGAGAAGCUGGUGAAAAUUCUGGAGAUUGCAUUGAAGUCGGACCCGUGCACCAAGACAGAAGGCCGGGCAAGCACGCAAAGCACAAACAAACAGCCUGCUGAGCCGACAGCCAAUCUAGCGAAACUUCUGCAGGAGGAACGCGUCAAUGCCGCCGUGUCGAACAAGGAGCUGCACUCGUUCAAGGGCGUCUACAUCUAUGUGUAUGACGUCGAAGAGAGGACGAAGCCUAUUAUGGUCAGGGAGUACCCCAAAGCUAGCGAGCCAAAGGACCAAGAGUGGCCGCAAUUCCGUGUCGCAUCACAGGGUCGCUGCCCCUUUAUUUAUGAAGAGAGCUGCGACGCGCCAGAGAAGGAAGAUCGUGAGCUAGAGGCGGCCAGGGCCCGGGCCCGGGCCAAGGCAAAGGCUGCUAGAGCGGCUGCUGAAAAGCAAGCCGAGCAAGUCAUGCCAAAGCCCAGAGCUAGCGAGAUUCCGUCGAAAGCAACAACUGGAAAGCGUACCCUGACGGAAAUGGAAGACGGCCACAACCGAGGUACUACGAGCUCUCGUACCGCCGAGCCGCUGGAUAGGGCCAAGGUCUCGAACCCCCCUUCUUUCGACUUUCGCUCUCAAAACGCAUUCAUUAGCCAUGCGAAGGCGGGCCGGUUUCUAGCGGGUGAGCCGGUGGCAUCCGGCCUCCAGGCUUCCAACAUCACGUCGGCGAUCCGGUCCCAGAUGAUCUCAUCCACUACAGGGGGCGUGUUAGGCGCCAAGGCCGGCACCAGCAAGGAAAUUCACGGUCUCCAACGCAAGGUCGUUCUGCAAAAGGCCAGCAAUCCCGCGCUCUCGCAGGAUCUCAGCUCCCGUCGUUUGGCCGAGAUGAGCCAUGAUAGCAACGCUUGCGUCCGAUCUGCCAGCAUCAGCCAGACAUCGCAGCGGAGGUUGGGCCCGGUUGACGAGGAGGGCAUGUCGAGACAGAGGGAGAAGUUGCGGCGGACCGCCAGUGUCCCGGUCUCGCAGCCGCGGCCGAAGCGCGACCCGAAGCCGGGGUAUUGUGAGAACUGCCAGGAUAAGUUUGCGGAUUUUGACGAGCACAUCGUAUCCCGCAAGCACCGUAAAUUCGCGGAGAAUAACGAUAACUGGACACAACUCGAUUCCCUCCUUUCCCAGCUAAGGCGCGUGCCGCGAUACUAA